UUUAAUUUCUAACAUUUUGAUCUAAAAUGUUUAUUUAGCCAACAUUUUUAAUUAGUGUCACCACUGUGCUGCGGUUGGUGACACUGCGCCUAAACUUUUUUCUGACAUUUUUCAAACGUCAUGAUUUCAAAUAUGUGCCUAGAAAACGAAUCCGAUUUAUUAUUACACUGGUUCUUAGACAUUGGAAAAAAACGUGAUAUGUACAACGAGCCAAUCCUUGGGGAAAACACCGUCAAAUUUUUCAAACAAAUCUGUGACACUUUCGAACAAAGUUCUCAUGUCUUCAUCAUGAGUAUCGAAGUGGCUGAAAAUUAUCUCCGUGCAAAAAUAUCCAAGAAUCAGAAGAUUACGGAUCCGCUUUUGGCAGCUGUAACAAUCGCAUUUAUUUGCCAUAAAUGCGAAGGAGCGCUAGAAAGUCUGAAAAUAAAACACGUUGUGGACUUGCUGUUCCAUCUCUCACAGAAGUAUUACAAUGCGAAGCAAGUACUGGGAAUGGAAGGCGAUAUUCUAAUCACCCUUAAUGGCAAAAUCCAGAUGACAACGGUUCUAGAUGAUAUGGACGUAAUUAUUGAGAAGUAUAUGAGUGAAAGUAGAUUAAAAGGAAGUAUUCGGCCACUUUGUUUAAACAUUCUUGAAUACGUUUACUUUGAAAGGAAAAAAUGGUUUAAGCAACUGAAAGAGAUUUAUAGCCAAAGUAAGGAAUGUAUGGUUGUAUUCCAACACCUAAUUUCCUCCAAAUUCUAUAUUCCCGUAAGUGUUUUAAUAACUGCAAUUGAAUUAACUCACUAUAGACACGUAUUGGAUGUGGACACGGUUUUGGCCGAUGUUACUAAACACACUAGAAUUCAUGAAGAUCAUGUACGACUUCUUGCCGCAAAAAUGAUUGAGAUUAUUAAAUGUUAAAUUUUAUUAUGAAAGCCAUUUCACUACAUAAUAGUUCCUUUUACCUACUCUAAGUAAUGUUACAUUAUUGCUUAAUCUAUGAACAUUUAAGUUUAAAACUUCACUAGGAUUGUUUGUUUUUUGGUGAUUGAUGUAAAAACCCCCAGCAGAAAUGAUUCUGACUGCAUCUUCUGUAAAACACAAUAUUUAAAUA